AAGGGAAGAAGAAAGUAGGAGAGGAAGGAAGGAAGGUCAAGCAAACAAUGUUGGGGAGCAAUCCAUUCAUCCAUCCAUUCAUGCAUUCAUUCAUUCUACAAACAUCUAUUGAGUUCCAAUCAGGCACCAUUCCAGGCACUAAGGACAGAACAUUUAAUAAGCUGAAGUGGCCAGCAGUUGACUCAGUACUUCCAGGUGACUUUGGUGUAUGCUUAUGUGAAUGUGUGUGUACCCGUGGGUGAAAGCCUUUCUGUUUGCAAGGGCCUGCUGCCGGGGCACCUGUCUUCCCCAGGGCCUGGUGCUUUUAGCAUCUGGCCCUGGUUCCUGUUGCAGCCCGAAAUAAGGCUGUGACCCACGGCAAGGCAAGAAUGAUGCUGUCAGCUGAAGCCAGAACUGGCUGUAGAGAACACCCUGCUCAUUGACCGCUGAGACCGCCGACUGAGACAGACACUGUCUACACAACUUCCAGCUUUCCAACAGAGGUGUUAAUCUUUGAGGGUCUGACACUCCUUCCUGCCCACUGUGGGCUCAUCCUCACAGGAUGAUCCCCAAGGAGCCGAAGGAACCAGUGGUGGCUGUCAUGGGGGACCUCACUGGACCAGUCCCUUCCCUGGAUCUGGGGAAGAAGCUGAGUGUGCCCCAGGACCUGAUGAUAGAGGAGCUAUCUCUGCGCAACAACCGGGGGUCCCUCCUUUUCCAGAAGAGGCAGCGCCGUGUGCAAAGGUUCACCUUUGAGUUGGAAGCUAGCCAGCGGGAGAUCCUGGCGGGAAGCGCCAAAGGCAAGGUGACUGGAGGAGUGGCGCCGGGGACCGGGACAGGGACGGUUAUCAAUGGCCCCGAGGGGCAGAACUACCGCUCAGAGCUCCACGUCUUCCCGGCCUCGCCUGGGAGCCCCGAGGCCGCCCACCUGGCAGCCGCCCCGGGACAGUGCGCGCGUAGCCCCAGCGCCUUGGCUCCAGGCUAUGCCGAGCCACUGAAGGGCGUCCCGCCAGAGAAGUUCAACCACACCGCCAUCCCCAAGGGCUACCGCUGUCCGUGGCAGGAGUUUGUCAGCUACCGGGACUACCAGAUCGAUGGCCGAAGUCACAUCCCCAGCCUCCGCGACCGCCGAAAUUUCAACAAGACCCCGGUGCCAUUUGGAGGACCCCUUCUUGGGGAGACCAUUCCCAGGGCAGGCACCCCCUUUGUGCCGGAGCCUUUCAGUGGCUUGGAACUCCUCCGCCUCAGACCCAACUUCAACAGGGUGGCCCAGGGCUGGGUCCGCAACCUCCCAGAGUCUGAUGACCUGUAGUCCGAUGGCCUGUAGUCCGAUGGCCAGCCUGAAGCCUCAAUUCCCCAGUCUCGAGACUCAGGUAACAUCUGGAGCAAGACUUGUGGACUGAACUUCACAGUUUAUGAAGAGCCUACACACAGAACAUUAUCGCAAAAGGUCUCAAAGAUGACAAAGUUCAGUAGCCCCAAAUGCAGAUGUUCUUCAAAUUACCUGGGGCAUUGGUUCUAAUAUGGAUUUCUGGCCUGUCUCAGACUUGCAGGGCUGGGAAUCUAUUAAUAACCAGUGCUCCAGGUGGUUCCAUGGUAACUUGCCCCCAGUGUGUGUCUUUAGUAAUCAUGCCCAUGCAUCUGUACCUCCCUGCUACUGUAGCUGACCCCAUCCCCGCCAUGGUGGCGAGCUCACUAGCAGCCCAUUUCCUGUGGAUCUCUCUGAUAAUUAGACAGGUUUUCCUUUACUCAGAUGCAGUUAGUCUUCACCUAUUCAAGAUGUAAGCAUUGGCUAAAAACCUACUAUGUGCUAGACUCUCUACUAGGUCCAGGUCCCUAGGAGUAAAAGAUGGUGGGGAAGAGAGAUUUUUCAAGCAGUGAAUCACCUUAAUCUCCCUGAAGCCUGCUAUGUCAGGGAGCAGAGGGAGGGGGUUCCUAACCCUGAGUGUGGGGUGGGAUUCCAGAAGCUUCGCAGAGGAUUUGAGUAGGACGUUGGAAGGAAAGAUGAUGUGGUGGGAGGGCAUUUUUGGCAAGGUGGACUAGCAUGUGCAGAGGUGUGGAAGUGAACCCAGGGGCAGGGUGUUUUGGAGAAAGGAAAAGCUGUUAAGAAUCUCUGAGGUCCAGAGGUGGGGGCUUUAUUGAGGAAGGGGAGAGGUUUUGGUGAUGGCUUUGCUGGUUGUUGCAUGGGGCACAGAUCAGAGAGGAGCAAUGCUGGAGGCCAGGAAGUCUGCAACGGGUGAGGCCUGCAAUAGGGGGCAGCCAUGAGGAUGGAAAGAAGGGACCACCCUGUGGAGGCACCUUACAGGAUAGGUGCAAACUGGGGCACAUAUAAGGACUUCUUUCUCCCUCCAUUCUGAGAAGGCCUAUUAGUUCAAGUGGUGGUGUGGUGAUAGUGGUGUGGGGGGCAAUUGCUGCUUUUUAUUAAGUGCCUCAGGGAUUGGACUGGCAGAGCUUCUCUCCAUAUCCUAUUCCUAAUCCUUAGUACAACCUGAGAGAGUCUUGUCCCCAUUUUACAGACAUGGAUAUACAGGCUCAUAAAGAGGGAGGUGAGUCAAAGGGGCAAGCUGUCUGAUUCAGGGGAUGUCUCUUUCCACUGCACUUGGUGUCAAAGCCACUGCCCACUCACUUUGGAAUCAAUGAUCAUGGCACAAUGCUUUGGCAUUUGAGUUGAAAAGUAGAGUUGGGGGCAUCCAGUUGCAUGGAAUAGAGUCUAAUUCCAUUGCUGUGAGCUGGGGAGAAUUUGAGCAAGUCAUUUCACAUGCCUGAACCUCUUUUUCUCCAUCUGUAAGAUGAGGAUUAGUAUAGGAGAUAUUAUGGGGCUUUUGGGAGCACAGUGCAGGAAACAUUCUUAAAAGGCUCAGUGUUAGGUUCUUGCAACCACUGCUUUUGGCUGCAAUAGAUGUUUUUACAGUGGCUGUGGCUUGAGAAGCAGGCUACUGGGCUGGCAUUAGGGUGCCUGAAGGAAAGCAUCUUGUCACUGCCAGAUUCCCUUUGACAGGAAUCCCUGAUGCCAGGCUGGGUGGCACAGUGGUUACCCUUAACAUUUUGCUCUGGUGUUUUUACUCCCCUUCAGGGUGCCAAGGGGCCAGAAGCCUGAAGUUUAGGAUUACUUGCAGUUGGUGUAUACUCUUGGAUUUGGGGGAUUUGUUUAAAGUCAGCUUUCCAUAAGUUAAAAGUCAACCACUAAAGUGUCUAGAAAGUAGAAGAGAGGACUUGGAUUGCCUGAGCUGGCUCUGUAGAGCUCUGGAAGGUAACUGCAACUGCCAUGUACAGGAGAGAACCUGGGGGGAUUUCCUGAACCAAAAGGUGGGUUCUUUUUCCUUUCUUUGGACAGUGUAACUUUUGCUGAUGUAAAAAACAAAAACAAAUGCUUACUAUAAAAAUAAAAAAGUGAGAAGUAA